GUCUGACAGUCAUCUGAUCAACAAGGAAAGUGUAACAAAAUAAAAGAGUAAUAAAAUAAUAGUCUAAAGUAAUUCGAAUAAUUCGAAAAUUCACAACGUUUCCAUGCUAUUAUAAAUAUCUGGAAGAAGAAAUUUCAAUAGACGUCAAACAUGAUAAAAUUAUUUUCGUUGAAACAACAAAAGAAAGAUGGUGAACCAUCUCCAAGGCCUGGCAAUCAGAAAAAGGCAUCGGCUGCACAGUUGAGAAUAACAAAAGAUAUUAAUGAACUGAACCUGCCAAAAACCUGCACUACAGAAUUCCCAGACCCUGAUGAUCUCCUUACAUUCAAAUUAAUCAUUUGUCCUGAUGAGGGAUUCUACAGAACUGGCAGGUUCAUCUUCAGCUUCAAAGUGGGCCCAAACUACCCACAUGAACCACCAAAGGUGAAGUGCGAGACGCAAGUGUACCACCCCAACAUCGACCAACAGGGCAACGUGUGCCUGAACAUCCUGCGCGAAGACUGGAAACCCGUCCUCACCAUCAACAGCAUCGUCUACGGGCUGCAGUACCUCUUCCUCGAGCCCAAUCCAGAAGAUCCUCUCAAUAAAGAGGCUGCGGAGGUGCUGACGAACAACCGCAGGCUCUUCGAACAGAACGUCCAGAAGGCCAUCCGCGGAGGAUACGUGGGCGGUAUUUACUUUGACCGUUGUUUGAAGUGAUAGGGAAUGCGCGAAAAUGUUGAAAAUUGGACACGGAAUGACGUUGGAAUGAUGGGAGGGGGGGUGUCUGCGGUUGUUAUUUUUUAAGAUACUGUUGUAGUUGAAUCGUGAUAUGUCACCGCCGUUGGUUUUUCUGGAUAUUUAGUCACGUUCGCCAUUAACCUCUCAUUUUGACACUUUAUUUUUUCAAGUUUUGCAUUACUGAUAACUGAACUGUCAAAUGAAAGUCAUCUGAUAUGACAGCCAGCUUCAUUUACUGUCAUUGGUUUCAUGGAAGUUUGACAGGUUAUACUGAGACAACCUUACUUUUAUAAUUUGUUAGGUCAGAAAGUUGAGCAUUCUUACUAUUUUCGAAUAAACUUGAUAAUUGGGUUCCUUCUUCUGUCGAAUCUGUUGACAAUUCUUCAUCAACAAUAAUUAAAUAUGGAUCAGUGUUUAAAAAUUGCAGACUGUUUGAACAGAGCGUCUAGAAGGCCAUUCGCGGAGGAUACGUGGGCGGUAUUUACUUUGACCGUUGUUUGAAGUGAUAGGGAAUGCGCGAAAAUGUUGAAAAUUGGACACGGAAUGACGUUGGAAUGAAGGAGGGUUCUGCGGUUGUUAUUUUUCAAGAUACUGUUGUAGUUGAAUCGUGAUAUGUCACCGCCGUUGGUUUUUCUGGAUAUUUAGUCACGUUCGCCAUUAACCUCUCAUUUUGACACUUUAUUUUUUCAAGUUUUGCAUUACUGAUAACUGAACUGUCAAAUGAAAGUCAUCUGAUAUGACAGCCAGCUUCAUUUACUGUCAUUGGUUACAUGGAAGUUUGACAGGUUAUACUGAAACAACCUUGCUUUUAUAAUUUGUUAGGUCAGAAAGUUGAGCAUUCUUACUAUUUUCGAAUAAACUUGAUAAUUGGGUUCCUUCUUCUGUCGAAUCUGUUGACAAUUCUUCAUCAACAAUAAUCAAAUAUGGAUCAGUGUUUAAAAAUUGCACUGUUUGAACAGAGCGUCUAGAAGGCCAUUUGCGGAGGAUACCUGGGCGGUAUUUACUUUGACCGUUGUUUGAAGUGAUAGGGAAUGCGCGAAAAUGUUGAAAAUUGGACACGGAAUGACGUUGGAAUGAUGGGGGGGGGUCUGCGGUUGUUAUUUUUUAAGAUACUGUUGUAGUUGAAUCAUGAUAUGUCUCCGCCGUUGGUUUUUCUGGAUAUUCAGUCACGUUCGCCAUUAACCUCUCAGUUUGACACUUUCAAUUUUUUCAAGUUUUUCAUUACUGAUAACUGAACUGUCAAAUGAAAGUCAUCUAAUAUGACAACUAACUUCAUUUACUGUCAUUGGUUUCAUGGAAAUUUGACAGGUUAUAAUGAAACAACCUUACUUUUAUAGUUUAUGUCGGAAAGUUAUGCAUUCUUACUAUUUUCGAAUAAAUUUGAUAAUUUUGUUACUUCUUCAGUCGAAUCUGUCGUCAAAUAAAUAUAAAUUAUUGUUCAAUAACUGCAGGCUGUUUGAACGGAACGUCCAAAAGGCCAUUCGCGGAGGAUAAGUAGGCGAUAUUCACUUCGACCAUUGUUUGAAGUGAUAAAGAAUGCGCGAAAAUGAUGAAAAAUGGACACGAAAUUACGUUGGAGGGUGAACGAAUGAAGGGGAGUCUUUGGUUGUUAUUUUUUAAGAUAAUGUUGUAGUUGAAUCGUGAUAUGUCACCGCCGUUGGUUUUUCUGGAUAUUUAGUCACGUUCGCCAUUAACCUCUCAUUUUGACACUUUAUUUUUUUAAGUUUUGUAUUACUGAUAACUGAACUGUCAAAUGAAAGUCAUCUGAUAUGACAGCCAGCUUCAUUUACUGUCAUUGGUUUCAUGGAAAUUUGACAGGUUAUAAUGAAACAACCUUACUUUUAUAGUUUAUGUCGGAAAGUUAUGCAUUCUUACUAUUUUCGAAUAAAUUUGAUAAUUUUGUUACUUCUUCAGUCGAAUCUGUCGUCAAAUAAAUAUAAAUUAUUUUUCAAUAACUGCAGGCUGUUUGAACGGGACGUCCAUAAAGUCAUUCGCAGAGGAUAAGUAGGCGAUGGUCACUUCGACCAUUGUUUGAAGUGAUGAACGCGCGAAAAUAAUGAAAAAUGGACACGAAAUUACGUUGGAGGGUGAACGAAUGAAGGGAAGUCUUUGGUUGUUAUUUUUCAAGAUACUGUUGUAGUUGAAUCGUGAUAUGUCACCGCCGUUGGUUUUUCUGGAUAUUUAGUCACGUUCGUCAUUUUGACACCUAAUUUUUUUAAGUUUAGCAUUACUGAUAACUGAACAGUCAAAUAAAAGUCAUCUGAUAUGACAGCCAGCUUCAUUUACUGUCAUUGGUUUCAUGGAAGUUUGACAGGUUAUACUGAAACAACCUUACUUUUAUAGUUUAUGUCGGAAAGUUAUGCAUUCUUACUAUUUUCGAAUAAAUUUGAUAAUUUUGUUACUUCUUCAGUCGAAUCUGUCGUCAAAUAAAUAUAAAUUAUUGUUCAAUAACUGCAGGCUGUUUGAACGGAACGUCCAAAAGGCCAUUCGCGGAGGAUAAGUAGGCGAUAUUCACUUCGACCAUUGUUUGAAGUGAUAAAGAAUGCGCGAAAAUGAUGAAAAAUGGACACGAAAUUACGUUGGAGGGUGAACGAAUGAAGGGAAGUCUUUGGUUGUUAUUUUUUAAGAUAAUGUUGUAGUUGAUUCGUGAUAUGUCACCGCCGUUGGUUUUUCUGGAUAUUUAGUCACGUUCGCCAUUAACCUCUCAUUUUGACACUUUAUUUUUUUAAGUUUUGUAUUACUGAUAACUGAACUGUCAAAUGAAAUUCAUCUGAUAUGACAGCCAGCUUCAUUUACUGUCAUUGGUUUCAUGGAAGUUUGACAGGUUAUAUUGAAACAACCUUACUUUUAUAGUUUGUUUAGGUCAGAAAGUUAAGCAUACUUACUAUUUUCGAAUAAAUUUGAUAAUUGGGUUACUCCUUCAGUCGAAUCUGUUGGCGAUUCUUCAUCAACAAUAAUUAAAUAUGGAUUAGUUUUUAAAAAUUGCAGACUUUUGGAACAUAACGUCUAGAAGGCCAUUCGCGGAGGAUACGUGGACGGUAUUUACUUUGACCGUUGUUUGAAGUGAUAGGGAAUGCGCGAAAAUAAUGAAAAAUAGACAUGGAAUGACGUUGGAGGGUGAACGAAUGAAGGGAAGUCUUUGGUUGAUAUUUUUUAAGAUAAUGUUGUAGUUGAUUCGUGACAUGUCGCCGUUGGUUUUUCUGGAAAUCAAAACACGUUCACCAUUAAUCCCAUUUGGACACAUCAUUUUUCAUAACCCAACUGUCAAAUUAAGGUCAUCUGAUAUGACAACCAACCAUUUACUGCCAUUUUUUUCUCGAAAGAUUGAUUAGUUUUACUGGAACAACCUUAUACUUUUAUUGUUUGUCGGAAAGUGUGGCAUUCUUAGUGUUUUCAAAUAAAUUUGAGAAUUGUCUAAGUCAAAUCUGAUGAUAAUUCUUAUUGUUGACAAAUUAUAGAUCAUUGUCUAACAACUGCAGGUUGUUUGAACAGAACAUCCAAAAGGCCAUUUAAGAAGAAUACGUGUUCGUUAUUCACUUUGAACGUUGUUUCAAGCGAUAAAAAAAAGUACGUAAAAUGGCGUUGGACGAUAAACAAAUGAAGGGACAAUACUUCUUCUCUAUUUUUCAAGAUUUGCCCCACUGAUCACUGAACUGUCAAAUGAAAGUCAUUCAGUGUCAACCAACUAUUUGUAUUUACCUCCCAACAAUUGAUUAGGUGAAAUUUUGACGAAUAGCCAAUCUUGAAGAAAACUACCUCUUUUUUUAGAUGAAAUCUGAUAGUUUUGUAACUCUUCCAGUAAAAUCUCUUGAUAAUUUUUCCAGAAGACCAUCUGGGGAGAAUAAGUCUACGUGAGUUUGACCGUUGUUAUAAAAAAAUGAACUCGAAAUGACGAUUGAACCGUUAUUAUGUUUUGUUGUAGUUGAUUUGUGAUAAUAUGUUGUCGUCGGUUUUUCUGGAAAUCGAGUCACGUUCGCCAAAGGAAUAAUCCUAUCAACUCCAAAUGAGUAUUGAUAGUUUUGAGAUGUCACCUUAUGACCUUGAAAUAGGCCAAUGCGAGUUUUCUCUAGGUCAGCAUUAGAUGAAAGCAAGAUAGAAAAAGAGGUUAUCCGGUUUUAGUUUCAUAUGUUGGCAUCACUAAGUCGAAUAGCUGUCAGUAAAUGGGUGUUUUCAAGGUCUCAAAUAAUGUUGAGAUCAUUAAAUGUUUAUGCCCAAGAAGGUUCCAACCUUUGGCACAGUUAUCACACAACGGUUUUUUACCACUAUUAAGCCGAUUUAAUGCCUUGAGUGUAUCGCUGAAUAUGUCCAACUACAAGUUUUUAUCUUCUCCAGAAAAUGCUCAAUCAUUGUUCUGCAGAAACAACAAGUGUACACAAUGAUAUGGUCCAUUUUAUAGUUCUACUGAACGAUGUUCUAGGGAUUCCCUUUCGUGCGCUCGAAAAGAUGAAAAAAAAAACGUAGUUAAAAAAAAUCAAGAAACUUGAAGCAUUGGAGAUAGUUUGAGGUACGUUCAUCAUCAUUGCUUUUGGGCUUGUUUUAUAGUUCCCUUUGUUACAUUUCAACGCAUUGAGCGAUCCUUUUUUUGUGAAUUUGAUUAUGUCGUUGCUUGAUUCCCUGAAAACACGUGCUUAUUGACAGUUGCUUGACUUACAGUGAUGCCAACUUAGGAAACUCGAAUCGCUUGCUCAUGAUGAUGAUAAGUUUUGGCUAACUUGACUGAAUUUGCAGAAAACCAGCAUGAGAAAAAUAUCAUAUUUUAUUUACUUUAUUUAUAGAUCCUGAUGAUAGUGAGCAUUGUAACAAGAAAUUUAAACAAUGGAAGAACUACCUCUGAUUUUUUUGAGAAAAUGGGGCUGUUCUUUGUGGAUAUUUCUGGCGCCCAAAAAUUUUCCAUGCAAAUGAAAUACAAUAAUGUGUAUUGGAAUAAAUACAAACUGUUACAAAUCAUAAUUAUAAUUAGGAGUAAUGG